GCGAUCUUGUGACAAAUGUCUUUAGUUUGUCCUACAACUAUAUAUUUUAUUGCACCUUCUAACCCCUCGGCAUUUUCUUUCAUGUAAAUACUAUAGAUUAUAAAUAUAAUUUCCAAUCUUACUUUUGUAUCUUACUUUGCGAGAUCAAGUCAAAUCAAAUCUGAACUGUUAACAACAGAGCCCAAUUAGCAAACAAAAAGAAAGAAAGAAAAGAAAGUACAUCUAAAUCCCAAAUUAUCCAGUUCUCAAAGCUCGAAGCGGGGACGUUGACACUUUUACUAAACAAGAGAUAUUUCUCUUCCUUUCUUUACUUUUCCUACCAACUUGCGCAUUAAGGUAGCUCUCCGGAAACACAUCAUCGCAAAUCAGCAACAUGUCGGGUCCUGUACCUACGGUCACUGAGCUGCAGGACAUAUACACCCAACAGGCUCUGGCCGACCAGACCGUGAGGUGGAACAAACUUCUUGAUAAGUUCCAAGCCCUUUAUGGCAACCCCGCUCAGUUCGUCUCGCGGUCGCCUGGUCGCGUGAACAUCAUCGGCGAGCAUAUCGACUAUUCCCUUUACUCGGUAUUACCUAUGGGAAUGACCCCCGAUGUUAUUCUCGCUGUAUCCACCGAUCUAGAGCCCUCCCAAGAAGGCACUUACAAGAUCAAGAUAGCUAAUGUCGAUAAUGAGCGAUUUCCCACCCGCGAGUUCGAUGUACCCUACUCCGAGGUGGAUAUCGACGCGACGAUGCAUGAGUGGACUAAUUACUUCAAGUCCGGUUUGAGGGGAGCGUUACAACUGCUAAGGAAGAAAUACGGAGACGAUUUUAAGCCCAAGAGCAUGCAAGUGUUAAUGGACGGCACUGUGCCUGCUGGUGGUGGUCUUAGUUCCAGCGCUGCCUUUGUGAGCGCCAGCGCAUUGGCUGUCAUGAUUGCCAACGGCGAGCGCGAUGUCGACAAGAAAGCUCUAACUGAGGUUGCUAUUGUCAGUGAGCGAGCUGUUGGCGUUAACUCUGGAGGAAUGGACCAAUCUGCUUCAGUAUUUUCUGAGCGAGGGUCGGCCCUCCUUGUUUCUUUCACUCCGUCUCUUUCGGCGCGGCCAGUCUAUUUCCCCAGAACAAAUCCUGAACUGUGCUUUAUCGUAGCGCAAUCAUUCGUUACUUCAAACAAACAAGAAACCGGCCCGAUUCACUAUAACCUCAGAGUUGUCGAGUGCAGUAUGGCUGCGGCGUAUCUGAAUGCCAAGUUAUGUCCUAAGGGAACUGAACUUCCCAAGGAUGCUGGUCCGCUAGGUGUUUCCAUCCGCGGGUUUCACCAAAAUUACUUCAAGGACACCACCAAGUCAAUGCCUGAACAACUUACUGAGUUGAUUGAGCUGACCAAGUCCACGCUUACUCAGGAGCAAGGGUACACUCUAGAAGAAGUUGCGUCAGGUAUUGGUAUCUCGAUUGAUGAGGUGAAAGCUCGGUUUAUGUCCAGUUUCCCUGUACGGGGCGAAUACUUCAAGCUCCGCCAACGUGCCCUGCACGUAUUUACCGAGGCCCUGCGUGUUCUCAAGUUCCUCGCCCUUUUGGAAGAUCCGGCGCAAGCACCUGAUUCCGAGCAUACAGUCGAGUACAACACCAAGCUCGGAGCGUUGCUGAACGAAACCCAAGACUCGUGCCGAGACGUCUACGAGUGCAGCUGUCCCGAAAUAGACGAGUUGUGCAAGAUUGCGCGCGAGGCGGGCAGCUACGGUAGCCGGUUGACUGGCGCUGGCUGGGGUGGAUGCAGCGUCCAUCUAGUGCCUGCCAAUAAGGUUGACGACAUUAAGAAGGCGUUGGUCGAUAAAUACUACUCUAAGCGGAAUCUGAGCGAAGAGGACUUGAGCGGAGCAAUUGUUGUCAGUCGGCCGAUGAACGGCAGCGCAGUUUAUAAACUGAAGAACGGGAAGAUUUGAUCAUAUUUGUAUAUAGCGCGCGCUAUUAGAAUUGUAAGAGGAUUGGAUUUAAUGAACUGUACCGAUGAC